UCCACUCUGGCUGCUUUGAUGUUGGUCAUUCCCUACACCCCGUGAUCUCCAAAACAACAUAACAAAGUAGGGGGAAAACAUGGCGAGCGGAGAGGAGGCCAGAAGACGCCCCUCGGUUACCUCCUCUUCGGUCGGCCUGGAGGCCCUGUUCCCCGCCGGGGCGUCGGAGCAGGCCUGCGGGGACGGCAACCCGGAGCUCGUCCGCCUGCGGGAGCGUCUCCAGGGCUGGCUAUCGCAGUACGAGCCCCUGCUGCUGUGGGUGCAGAGGCUGCUCGUCUGGGAGAGGCCGUUGUACAGCAUCUUUGUCGCCCUGACACUCAACACCUUAUUCUGGCUCCUGUCCUCCACCUCCCUGCGGCCCCUGUUCCUGCUCAGUGUGUCCCUGCUGGGACUCAUGCUGCUGGAGAGAUGGAAGCACAAAUUGCCCCUCAUCACUGUUCAACAUGCAGAGGCCCACCCAGUGCAAAGAGAAACCAUGAGCGUGGAGCAGCGCCUGCUCAGCGUUCCCGAGCUCAGCCACCACCUGGCAGAAAGCUACCUGACCUGCUGCCUCUACCUGCAGGAGAUGCUGCAGUACAAACGUCAGAACCACGGCAAGUUCUGUGCGAUGAUGUGCAGCGGCUGUUUUGUGCUCGCUGUGGUCGGACACUAUGUACCAGGAAUCAUGAUCUCCUACAUCAUAGCCUUAAGUGUGCUGCUGUGGCCGCUGGUGGUUUAUCAUGAGCUGAUCCAGAGGAUGUACACCGGCUUGGAGCCAAUCCUGAUGAAACUGGACUACAGCAUGAAGGGAGAUACCGAGCACCGCAAGCACGACAAGAGGAAGGUGAAGAAGGAGUCGGAGGAGGGGGACGAGCCCAGGGCCGAGACGGAGAGCGAGAGCGAGGAGGAGCUGUCCUGUUUCGCUCCAACGGUGGAUGUGAAGACCACGGCUCUGGCGAUGGCCAUCACAGACUCAGAGCUGUCAGACGAGGAGGCGUCCAUCUUGGAGAGCGGAGGGUUCUCAGUGUCCAGAGCCACCACUCCUCAGCUCACCGACGUCUCUGAAGACAUGGACCAGCAGAGUGUGCACAGUGACCCAGAAGAAGCCUACCUGCGGGACUUGCCCGAGUUCCCCUCAGUUGAGGAGUUCCCGUCCAUCGAGCACGGGCUGCUCCACUUCCCCAUGCGAGUCCCCAGCCAGGGUGACGGAGCCCAGGGGGGGGAAACGUUGGAGGGUGAGCCUCUGAGCCCGGCAAGCCUUCUCAUCCAGCACCUGGCAUCCCCGCUCCACUUCGUGAACACACACUUCAACGGACACGGACGGCCACCCGGAGGAGAGGGGGGCACGGGAGACGAGAGAGCGGGGAGGCAAGGAGGAGAGGGAAAGGAGGCCACGGUAACCCAGGGCACUCAGCGGUCCUUGGAGGCCUUGAGUGAGGAGAUCGUGAGCACGGCCAUCUCCACCGUAGUGCAGAACACUCUGUCAGCUCUGCUGCGCUCCAGCGAGGCCAGCGAGGAGCCCUCCCUGGCCGAGUUCCUCCCCACCGAAACCCCCCCAGGCGCUCUGGAGACCUACGCCACCCCUGCUGCGACGGCGACGUUGGGGCCCGACGAGGACCCGGACGAAGCGGUUAUGACAGAAAGCGGCGCCGGCGAGGAGGUGCCUGACGACACGCUAGUUCCAACCGAGGAAGAGGACUUUGAGCUUCUGGACCAAAGUGAACUGGAGCAGAUGGACGAGGGGCUGGGCUUCAGCUCUGACAGACAGGCAGCAGGAGGAGCCUCAGGAGCUCCAGACACACCUCCGUCUCCCCAGCAUCAACCACAGUCCUAGCUUCUCUGUUGCCUCCCCCCGAUCCAUCUACAACUGUUUUGUUUUUAUUUGUACAGGUUAGAACUUCAUCUUACACAUACCUACUGCUACAUACAGUUAUCAGAAAGAUUUGGGUUGAGUGGCCGUGGGUUCGUGAUUUUGUGGCAGACGGGUGAGAUUACUUGGUGUGUUUGGCUUUCGCAGACGCCACUGUUUGUUUCAGACUUGGUACCUGGGUUGUGUUGCUUCCAGUCCAGGAAGCAGCCAAUCAUGAGCUCAAGGUCUGGUCAGCUACUGCAUUCAGAAUGAUACAACACCGAUCUUUGUACAAACUGUAACAGGAAUCAUUAGUGAUAUAAUUUUGCGUCCACAAGAGAGGUUUUUGUUGUGUCGUAAUGCAUGCAGGCUUGAUGUUUCGUGGUGUCAGAUGAGGGCAUCUUCUGGGCAGAGCUAGCUUGGGGUAAAAUUUAUAGAGGAGUCAUUAUUGUCAUGGGUGGCAUAACGUUACACCUCAUCUACCAUCUCACAAGAGACUCCAGCCCUCUUUCUCACUGUGCUUUGAGAGAAACCGAUCUGAGCUUAGUCUCCUGUCACAAUACUGUGAUAAUGCCCCUGUUUUUCACCUUGGCUAAGAGCUUUAAGGAACAGUUCACCCAAAAUACAAAAAAAAAAAAAGAUAUCUUCUCAUUUGCCCUUGUGCAAUCUGUCCAUCCAGAACUCAAACUAAGAAAAACAGCGGCAGCUCUUUCCAAAAACAAUGACACAGAUACUCGGCAUCAACCCACAACCCUGGGGGGAGAAGAGUUUUGUUGGGAAAUAUUUCCUGCAAGCUGUAUCACCGUCAUUGUUUUUGGAAAAAGCUCAAGCUGCUAAAUAUUUCACAUCUAAAGUUUUGACAGUGUGAGCCCCGCAUACAUAUACACAUUGUAUUUGGGUGAAGAGAUACUGACCGGAGACCUCGCCAAAUCAUACAGAAACGAUCUGGAUGGUUAGAUUGCAUUAGGUGCCAAAAGACUUUGUUUAUUUGUAUUUUGGGUGAACUGUUCCUUUAACCCUUCCACCUUGUUUUCAGUCACUAGCAGAUGUUUAUUUAGAUGGUCUUAUUGAGAGAGUUGAAAUGUUGGAUUCUAUAGCUAAUAAUAUAUGAUAAAUUAUUUAAUUUAAAGGUCAGUUAAUGGAACUUUAUCAUGCUGAGGGAAAAUGUAAAAGUAAUAGAUUUUAUCUCUUCAGUUGCCCAUAAUGAUUAUAUGAUAUACAUUUUAAUGAUCACGCCAUGGACUCCCAAGUCUCAAGUGUAGUUACAUAUCCCCAGUGUUUUACAUAGUAAAACAACCAUAGUGUUAUCUGUCACAUUACCCUUAUUCCGAGGUUACAGCUUUGUCAAAAAGCAUUCAGUCACUAGUGGUCAGUUUCACUUGUUGCCUGGAAAUGAAACGAAUGCUUCGACUGUCUUGGAUGUUGAACAAGCAAGAUCAUUACACACAAGUGACUUCGAUGAGGCAUCAUAAAAGAAUUGCUCCUGAAUUUGAUUGUGAGUGAGGCCUGAAUUUUAUUGAUACUUGUGAAUAUAAUUUCCUUUUUCCAUUCAAAGCAUUAAGUAACUGUAUUUAUUGUUGAGCUCCCACUCUGUUGAAAGUACAGGCCGACUCAUGUCCAACUGUUUGUACAUGUAUAUUCAUCGCUGGGAUGUGUAUAUUUACAAAGGAUCUAGUUUGCGCCACAACAAGUCCAUGCAUGCCAUGCAUCACGCAUGUAUUUACCAUGAUCAAUAUUUGAGGUCAACCUUCUAAAGAAUGUUAUUUUUACUCAAGCAGAGUUUUUCUUUUUUGAAAGAAUAUAUAAAUUUAAUGACAUGUUACUUUGGCCGCUGCUGGGGAUUUAUGGAAAAUUUGAAAAGACAAACUGGCAAGAAAAAAAAGCAGUGUUCAAUUGUUUGAACAGGCUGGUUUUACAUUUGUAUAGCACUCAGCAUCUGAAUCUCAGGCGUGGGUUGUACAAAUUGAAUAUAACGUUGCAGACUACGUGUCCAUUUCCCAACUUGUCAUAGUGCACUGUAUUUGUACUAACCUUUCCUUUUCUUGGUCAAUGCCUCCUUGUGUAUAGUGUAGAAAUGCUAAAGGAACGUGUAUAUUCUGCAUGUAAAAACAGCACUCUGUCGAAGUUGUCCUUGUCAACUGAUAAAAUACUGCACAAUUUGUGACCAAUUUGAAGGUUUCAGUUUAAUUGGGCCCAUUAAAUUUAGACAUAAAUAUCUGAUUACCAGUGAGACAAAUAAGUUUUGAUGUAUUUUCAUUUUUCAAAAACUCCCCCAUUGUAAAUGAAAACAGGCGGCAAGUCGUGACAUCAGAUUUAGAGAAGGAUAUUAACAAAGACUAGUUUGUGUAUCGUAGUAGUGUGUUUGUUUUACGCUUAAAAAAAUAUCGCUUCUUGAACUAUAUAAAGGCACUUAACAAGAACUGUACAAUUUAAAAAGAAACAAAAAAGGAAUCUAUUUUCUAAUUUCUCCUUUUUUUCCAGAAAGUACUCAGUUUGAUCUUUUACAUCUAUAACUACAACACAGCUGCCAGGGAAGAGUUUCACAACAGCUCAAAAGAUUUAUUGUCAUUUCAACUGGUUAAACCAAAUUGCAACUACACAUGUGGAAGUAAAAGAGAAUAAAAGAACAAACUGAAACAAAUA